AUGACAAACGUGGAAGAGGAGGAGCCGCUCAGUCCGGUGGCGCAGGUGUACCAAUCGCCGGGCAUAGACUACUGCGUCGUAACCAUUAUCGGAUUUAAAACAAAGAUCAAUGCUCACGUCAUUAUAGACGACUUGAGGCAUAACGUUUACAAGCAUCCUCGUUUCUCUUGCAAACUGGGUAGUGAUGGUACAAAAUGGAUCAAAACCAAAGUAAAUAUUGAAGACCAUGUAGUUAUACCUACCGUAGACCUUGAAGAGAUCGGUGAAGAUGGAGAUGGCUUCGUCGACGACUACGUCUCGCGUCUAACGAUGAUUCCUCUUGAUAAGUCAAGACCCUUGUGGGACAUUCACAUCCUCAACGUCAAAACAUCUGAUGCAGAAGCAGUUAGUGUCAUAAGAUCUCACCAUUCAUUAGGAGAUGCAACGUCUCUGAUGUCUCUUUUGGUGGCGUGUACACGAAAAACUUCAGACCCCGAGACAUUUCCAACUAUUCCUGCCUUGAAAAGACGUGAAACAAGAUCGUUCGGCCUUAAUGACAAAGACUGGUUCACCAAGUUUAUAUUCGCCAUGUGCAAUGCAUUAAGAUUGAUUUGGAAUACCUCUAUAGAUCUUUUGCUACUCUUAGCGACAUUAUUGUUCUUAAAAGAUACAGAAACACCUCUGCGGAGUCAUACUGGUACAGAUAGCCGAAGGAGUAUGAAGAGGUUUUAUCACCGGGCUGUUUCUUUGGAUGACAUUAGACAUAUAAAGAAAGCUAUGAACAUGACUAUUAAUGAUGUUCUUCUCGGCAUUAUACAAGCCGCUCUUUCCCGCUACAUGAACGGCCGAUAUGACAAGAGGAAUGUCGAGGGUGGAACAUCGAAAUCAGAUACAAGCAAUCUUCCGCAAAGAAUACGAUUUCGUGCAGUUCUUGCAGUAAAUCUAAGGUCGGAAAUCGGGCUUCAGCCUUUGGCAGGUAUGAUUCAUAAGGGCUCAAAAUGCAGAUGGGGAAACUGCAUCAGUUUAGCUGUUGUCCCAUUCUUUAUCGGUUUAGAAACGGAUCCAUUGGUUUAUCUAACAAAAACUAAAUCCACAAUGGAUCGAAAGAAGAACUCUCUUCAAGCUACUAUAAUGUAUUGGUUUCUUAAGUUGAGCCUCAGUAUGCUUGGAGCUAAGGUAGGAGGAUUCCUAUUGAAACUAUUAUUUUCGAACACAACCAUAUGUGUUUCAAACGUCGUUGGCCCUGUCGAAGAAGUUAGUUACCAAGGCCAGCCAAUUGCUUACAUCUCUCUAAGCGGAUACGGACAUUCACAAGCAUUGUUGAUACACUUCUUAAGUUACGCGGAGAAGAUGGUAAUCUCGAUAGCUGUUGAUCCUAGUGUUAUACCGGAUCCUCACAAGCUCUUCGAUGAAAUGGAAGAGUCACUGAAAGCUAUAAAAAACAGUCUCUUGGAAAGAGAUUUAUUCUAG